UAGUUAUUUUUGUGACUUCAUGAAACAAAAGUUUUUAAAAUAUUAUUCCUAUAUUCCGCAUAUAUAUGGUAUUGCAUUUAUUCUUGAUCCUCGUUUUAGACUUGCUUCUUUGGAGAAAUGUUUAGAUUACUAUUAUGCUUCUUUUUUUGGUCCAUUGCCUAUGUACGACGACAAGGCCAUAGACCCUAAACAACAAUUCCAAGAGGUUAGUAAUUUAUUAUAUCAAUUAUUUAAUGAGUUUCAUGCACAAUAUGGUAACGCACCCCCUCCCCCGCCACGAACAUCUUCUUCAUCUAAAGGAAAAUCAAUUUUCAAAUCUGCAUUUGGCAAUCUUAUGAAAAAAAGUAAAUCAACUCCGGUUAAUGAACAAAGCUCGAUCAACGAGCUUUCUUUGUAUCUAACAUUUCCUGUUGAUUAUGAAGAAGGGGAUGACUUUGACGUUCUUCAGUGGUGGAAGGAAAAAGAGAGAACGUUCCCGAUCUUAUCAAAGAUGGCUAAGCAAGUGCUAGCAAUGCCGGUAUCAACAGUUGCUGUGGAACAAGAGUUUAGUGCGGCCGGCAACGUCCUAACGGAUUAUAGAACGAGAUUAAGCGCAAACUCUCUUGAGACGCUUGUUUGCUUCCACGAUUGGUUGAAGGCCAAACGUAGAACUCAAGAAAUAAGCAUUGAACUCACUCGUCACUUUAUGGAAGAAACAACUGAAGAUGGAGGAAAUUCUAAUUGAUUCAUACUUCAUUACUUAUUAUAAAGUGUAUUUCAUGUUUUUAUUUUUGCUCAAUUUUCAAUUGUACUACAAAUAUCAAAUAAAUAUGUUUUACCCUUUUU